GAACAUUGCCUGUAUUGGUCUCAAAUCAAAUGCAGGCGACCAACACACCCUGCAGACUUGGAAAUGACGGAGCAGUUGCUGGGGUCUGUCACACUGGGACUGUGCCUCUGCAGGAUGUUGCAAACUGUUCAUUACUCCAGUAGUGACGCAUACAAACUUGUUCAGUGUCCACUUAACUGACUAUAGCGGCAGUAAGACGCCGAAGGCCCGUUCCUGUACAGGAAAAAAGGGGGGAGAAACACGUGGGUCAGCAUUUGAGUGCAGGCAUCACUGCAUAGCCUAUAUCAUAGGUUAUUUUAGAUGCCAACCCUCCCAAUUCCAUUGGACAGGCAUGCGCCAUAUCCUUCACGACCGGUGGGUGAAAAAGUGGGCAGUUCGGGAUUUCAUAUCUGGCUUCACUUUCUCUCAACUCCCUCUUUUCUUUCCGAGCCUCGGAGUCAGUCGGACAGCAGUCCCAGCUCCGGUGUACCUGCGCAGAUCAGCAUCCAGAGCCGCUUAACCUGAGAGGAGAGUCGCACUGCAGCAGCCUGCGGGGAGCUGACGGGAUAUACUUUCUUACAGCCAAGAAGUCCGUCCAUCCUGCAUCCGCUAAAAUGCUAAGAUCCCGACACGUCCAGAUAUUUCCACUUCUCUGUGCGGUCUGCCAUCUAACUCUGGCCUUCCCCACCCAAAGUCCAUCUGCAUAUGAUGAUGGCCAGUCUUCUUCAGAUGAUGGCCAGUCUCUCAAGGUGAACAUCCCCCACUCGGGUGCGCUUGUCGCCCCACUGGGCAGCUCUGUCUCCUUCCCCUGCUUGGUGUCUCGGUCAUCCACACCCAGCACCUCCUCUGCCCCUGCUGUACCACGAGUCAAGUGGACCGUGGUGUCUGAUGGGGUGGAGACACAGAUCUUAGUGGUGAAGGGUCAAAGGGUUAAGGUCAGUGAGGCAUACCAAGGCCGUGCUGCAUUGCUCAACUACACCUCCUCCCCUGAUGACCUGUCUCUGUGGUUGGGAGAUUUGCGCUCCAGUGACUCUGGUUACUAUCGCUGUGAGGUCCAGCAGGGUCUGGAGGAUGCCAGCGACCUUAUACAACUCAAGGUCAAAGGUGUUGUAUUCCACUAUAGAGAUGCCCUUGGCCGGUAUGCAUUUUCUUACCAUCAGGCCCAGAUGGCUUGUGAAGCCAUUGGGGCAGAAAUCGCCACUCCUGACCAGCUUCUAGCAGCUUAUUACAAUGGAUAUGAGCAGUGUGAUGCAGGCUGGCUGGCAGACCAGUCUGUCAGAUACCCAAUCCAAUUUCCUCGUGAAGGUUGCUAUGGAGACAUGGAGGGGCAACCAGGAGUGAGAAACUAUGGAACAGUCAACCCAGCUGAUCUUUAUGAUGUUUACUGUUAUGUGGAAGCAAUUAACGGAGAGGUGUUCCAUGACUCUGUCCCACAGCAGUUAUCAUUUCAUGGAGCACAGUCAUACUGCAGAGCUGCAGGGGCUGAGUUAGCUACAACAGCACAGUUGUAUUUAGCAUGGAGCGAAGGCCUGGAUCGCUGCAGUCCCGGCUGGCUGUCUGAUGGCAGUGUGCGCUACCCCAUCACAGCCCCCAGAGAGCGCUGUGGAGGGCCUCAGGCAGGUGUCAAAACCCUUUACCGCUUCAGCAACCAAACUGGUUUUCCAGAGCCAUCCAGCCUACAUGAUGUUUAUUGUUUCAAAGAUAAGAGAAAUACUUCCACUGACUUUCCUAUGGACUUUGUGGCCACAGAACCUGAAGACAUUGGACAAGACAUUAUUUUUAUGAAAACAGAUCAAGAAUUGCAGCUGCACCAGCAACAUGGAGAGCAAGUAGAGCGAGAGGCUCAAAGUGAGGUUGUAUCUGUUCCCUAUUCCUCCAGCCCUUCUACUGAGGAAAGCCUGGUUGAUACAUACCCAGAGUCUCCCCUGACCACCAUGUCUACAAUUUACUUCCUCCGUCUAGCUGAUGAACCUUUACUUCCUACAGAAAUUGACUCCCAGGAUCCUACAGCACUGACGUAUGGCAGUAUCAGCAGCACAGGCACCUAUGAUUUCCCACAAAGCACAUCAUUAUUGCCCACUGUUUUCAAUGACACAGAUUCCUAUCAGAACCUAACCUCCACCUUUCACCAGUCUGAGCUUGAAAGCAGCACAGGGCUUCCUGAACCAUCAUACGAACCUCAUGCAUAUAACCAGACAGUGCUAGACAUAGCCCCUGAACAAACACAACCAUCUGUGAAGCCAAAGGAUUCCCAAGAAAUACAAGAUACCAUCUUGAAUUUAAAUAGAUCACAAGCCAGUUUCAGCGAGACAAACAGCAACUAUCCUCAAGAGGAAAAUAUCCUGGAGGAGACUCCACUGACCCCUGAUAACUUACUCCAGGUGAAGCUUGAGGAGGCAGCAGUAGAAGAUCCCGUGCAGGUGUCUCUCUCAACUGAGUCACCAAGAGAGGAUGUAACACUUCCUACAAAUACUACCCAUUCUCCCAUCAAAAAUCUUACUUCAUUGUGGUUCCCUCUGGAUGGGUCUGGAGAUGUUUCUCAAGAGAGUGACCAUGAUGUUGAAGAAGUCAGUUUCAUGUCCACAUCAGAUUCUUCUACUUCCAGCUUCACCACUCACCUGUCACCUUCUGCUUCAGCCGAGCCUGAGACUGCAGUCCCAGAUCCCACACACUCAUCUGUGUCACAAAAUACUGACAAACUGGGCUUCACUAUCCUUUGGGAGUCUCCCAUUUCUAAACAAGAGGGAAGUACGAGCUUAGAAAUUGAAGACUCUGUCAUCAUGGAAAGUGAGGGAGAACAGCUGCACCCAACAAAUAUUAGUUUCGUAAGUUUAGCUGCCACUGAGUCUCCAGGGGGAUCACACAACUCUCAGUUGCCCACUAAUUCCUCUGCAGCCCAAUAUCAAACAUCAGAUUACAGAGUGCAUUUAGAUACUACAACCACUGCUCAUGAAGAAGCCAGUGGACAGGAACCUGGUAUAGUUAAUGAAACCCUUGGAGAAGAUGUUAAUGUUGGUCCAACCCCUGAUGAGGAUGUUUAUUUUAGCCAAAUAGUUAUAAAGGAAGUUACAGUUCCCCCAGCCCUUGCAGAAGAAAUGAAAAUAUCCUCAACUUCUAUGGAAGGUAAAGUUUAUUUUUCUAUUGCCCCAACACUUGAAAAAGAAGCUUACAUCACCCCAAACCCCGAAGAAGCUAAAGGUGACCCAGGUCUUGAAAAAGAAGCUGACAUUGUCCCAACCCUUGUUCUCGAAGAAAAGGGCAGUGUUUCACCAGCCCUUGAUGAGGAAACUACCGCUGCUCCAACCAUUGCCCUUGAAGAAGAACCUAAUGUGGAUCCAACAAUUGUAAAAGAAGCUUACAUCACCCCAAUCCCUGAAGAACCUAAAGGUGAUACAAGUCUUGAAAAAGAAGCUGACACUGUCCCAACCCUUGAAGAGGAAACUAACAGUGAAUCAACACUUGUCGAGGAUAUUAACAUUGCCCCAACCAUUGCCCUUGAAGAAGGACCUAACAUUGAACCAACCCUUGAAGAUCGAGCUAAUGUUGACCCAACACCUGAAGGAGGAGCUAACAUUGAAUCAACACUUGGCGAAGAUAUUAACAUUGCCCCAAUCAUUGUCCUUGAAGAAGGAGCUAACCUUGACCUAACACCUGAAGAAGGAGCUAAUGUUGACCCAACACCUGAAGGAAGAGCUGACAUUGAACCAACCCUUGAAGAUCGAGCUAAUUUUGACCCAACACCUGAAGGAGGAGCUAACAUUGAACCAGCACUUGAAGAAGGAUCUAAUGUUUCCCCAACAUUUGAGGAGGACUUUACUGUCUUUCCUCUCAUUUCUACAAGAUCUAACUGGGCUCAUCUGCCCACCACAAAUGGACCCCAAGAAUCUCUGAACGAUCUAGAGUACAGCACAAAAACCUCUUCCAUCACCUCUACAGCAGCUCCAGAUUCCACUUCAAGUACAAAGUCCAGCGUUGCCACCACAAAAACAACUGCCACCACCAUCACGACCACCACACAUUGGUUCAGACGCACUUGGAGCCCAACCACCCUAACACGAAAGGCUUUCCACAAGACAACAGAGCCCCAGAAGGUGACCCACCUCAUACCACCAGUGGAUCACGGUCUGGUGGAUGUUGAGUUUAGUCUCACCCAGCCGCCCACCCUGCUUAUCUUGCCCAAAGAGAGGGCAGCUGUAGGCGGUGCAGGGAAAGAUUCAGAUGCAUGUGUGGAUGACCCCUGUCUCAAUGGAGGCACCUGCACAGACCGAGAGGGGAAGAUUCAAUGUCUGUGUUUGCCAACAUAUAGAGGAGACUUUUGUCAGACUGACCUGGAGCAGUGUGAACCAGGCUGGGAUAAGUUUCAUGGUUUUUGCUACAAACACUUCACCCAGCGUCUAAGUUGGGAGGUUGCAGAGCAGCACUGUCGCAUGCAGGGAGCUCAUCUGGUGUCUAUCAUGACCCCCGAGGAGCAGAACUACAUCAACAGCCACUACAAAGAAUAUCAGUGGACUGGUCUGAAUGAUAAGACCAUCGAGGAUGAUUUCCGCUGGUCUGAUGGCAGUCCACUGCUGUAUGAGAACUGGUACAGAGGACAGCCCGACAGCUAUUUUCUGUCUGGAGAAGACUGCGUGGUGAUGGUAUGGCAUGAUGACGGGCGCUGGAGUGAUGUACCCUGCAACUAUCACCUGGCUUACACCUGCAAGAAAGGCACCUCCUCUUGUGGUCCACCACCAAAGGUACGAAAUGCCUCCAUAUAUGGAAGAGUUCGACAGAGAUACGAGACUAGUGCAGUUGUGCGUUAUUACUGCGCCAAGGGCUUCCAGCAGAGACUUAAUCCUCUGAUCAGGUGUCUGUCUGGAGGCAGAUGGGAGAGGCCCCAAAUCCUGUGCAUGCCUGAGGCUGGCAGCCCAACUCAGCACCCUGAAGUGACAUCACCAACCAACAGCGACAACUUUGCUGAGAUUGAAGAUGAGUUUGAAGCCACUAAAGAGAGACCACAAUACCGGGACAUCAAGUUUUAAAAGUCAGCCAUAGUUUCCUUGUCUUUUUUCUUAAACUCUGCUGUUGCAAUGUGAAAAAAAAUGAAAAGAAUGAUACACCACAAAAGCAAAGAGACAGGCCAAGAAGCUUUGCUUUCUUCUUAGGGUUUUAAACAUUCCUAUUCAUUAUUGUGCUAUAAAGUAUUUUUAAAAUUUCUACUGUGUUGGGUUAAGGAGAGUUUUAAGGAUUAAUGCAGUAAUGUGAUGGUGUGUGUUUUGACUAGAAAGAAUCAGCUGUUCUCUUUAUGGGGUUUCUUACAUCGAGAACCUUUAAAAAAUGGUGCUAGUGUCUUCAACACAGAGAUUUUUGUUUUCAGUGUGUAAAAGUAGAGUAAGUUCCUGCUUUUUCAAAGAAUCCAACUUUUCCAAAGCACAAAGUCAACUUUCACUAAUAGCCAAUAAAUACUGUACAUAUACUAGUUUUCAUAGCUGUGAUUGCUAUCCUGUAUUUUCCGAGAAACCUUUGAUUUCCAACAGACACUGUUUUGUUCAUCAGCUUUAUGUUGUAAUAAAGUUUUGUAGAACAGAACAAAGAAUAAAUUUUCUCACUUUACCCUCA